GGGUCUCCACCCGAGAGUAUGGCGGCUGGAAUCGCACCGGAGAGCGGGGGAGCAGCGGAGACACGCCAGAGAUGGUGAAAAAGAAAACAAAGAGACGCAAGUUGUGCUUUUAAGUGUCCAGCAGGCUUUUUUUUUUUUUUUUUUUGGCGCUUGCGUUUUUCCCCGAGGCGGCCCGGAAAAAUUUGCGCCUGCAGUUCAUUCCGGGGCUAACCCAGCGUUUUUCCUCUCUCCCCCCCCUCAGUGUCCUCGAUGGAGCAAGUUUGUUUUUUUUUUUUUCCUGUAUGAUGAACAGAGAUGGGGGUGAGCUAAGCAGAUGAAAACCAGCACGGUCCACAUCAUCAUCUUCCUCCUCCCUUGUGCACAAUUUUUUUGGACAUUUGCGGUCCUCGGAUGCUCGUCUAGCUGUCAGUGUCUGGCCUUGCAUGGGGGAAUUUCUACAAUGAAAUCCAUCUUGGGGCACCGAGUCUUUGUGCUCUGCCAUAGCUGAGCAGCGGCAGCAGCGAGCGGCGGCGGCGGAGGAGAGCAAGACCGUGUUAUUGACAAGAGAGAAAAAAAAAAUGGGACGCGAAUGGUGACUGCGAUUCGUGCGUGGAGCGUUUUUUGGGUUCGUUUCAAUGACGCGCGGAGAUUGAUCCCUUUACUGACUUGAUUUCCACAAAAAAAAAAAAAAAAAAAUCCCACGAUGCGCGAGUAUAAAGUGGUGGUCCUGGGCAGCGGUGGGGUCGGGAAAUCCGCCCUCACCGUGCAGUUUGUCACCGGGACGUUCAUUGAGAAGUACGACCCCACCAUAGAGGAUUUUUACCGCAAAGAGAUCGAGGUGGACUCCUCGCCCUCGGUGCUGGAGAUCCUUGACACCGCCGGCACCGAGCAGUUCGCCUCCAUGCGGGACCUGUACAUCAAAAACGGCCAAGGAUUCAUAUUGGUCUACAGCCUUGUCAACCAGCAGAGCUUCCAGGACAUAAAGCCGAUGAGGGAUCAGAUCAUCAGAGUCAAAAGGUACGAGAAGGUUCCUGUGAUCCUGGUGGGGAACAAGGUGGACUUGGAAAGCGAGCGGGAGGUAUCGUCCAGCGAAGGUCAGGCCCUGGCCGAGGAGUGGGGCUGCCCGUUCAUGGAGACCUCGGCCAAGAGCAAAACCAUGGUAGACGAACUGUUCGCUGAGAUCGUUCGGCAGAUGGACUACGCCGCCCAGCCAGACAAGGACGACCCCUGCUGCUCCUCUUGCAAUAUACAAUAGCCCCCUGGGGGCCUCCGAGAACAGGCCGGGCAAAAAAAAAAAAAAAAGUCCACUUAGAGGAAACUCCUUCGACUCGCAGCAGACAGAAACACACUUAGACACACACAUGCACAUGCCAAUUAAACAGAAGACAAAUUCAUGGUUGAACGCAACGGAUUUUAACUCAAUGGAGCAUAAAAUUUGCAGUGACAUGAUUAUUAAUAACGACAUGUGAGUAAUGCAUACGUUUUGAAUGAGGAAUGCCAGGAAUUUGCCGCAAGAGAAAUUGACAAAUGACAAAAAGGAACAUGCCCUCGCCUUAUGUUACUCUCUUUUGUUGUUUGUUUUUAUCUUUUAAGUUGGUGGGAGGUCGGGGAAAAGGGGGGAAUCAUCAGCAAAGAAUUACAGAUCGGGAUCUUUACUCUUUAGGUUGUUAACAAUCUGCUAUAAUGGAGUAAAAAGAGAAACUUUUUUUUUGGUCUGGUUUUGUUUGUAUUCCAGUUUUUGCACAGAACACCAAGAUGCAUUUCUUGUUACCAUAACUCAAUUGCAAGUAGCUAAUAACAGCUUCUCCGGUUGUUUCAAACAUUGAGGAGUAUUUUUUGACUUACAGUACGUCCAAUUUGUCUCUCAGUUUAGUUUGUGUUGUGGUCGGCGGGAGGUUUUUUUUCUACUCAUCACAGGGCUGAACCAAAGAGGUGACCUGAAAGCACCUCCAUUUUCGUAUUGUUUUUCUUUUGUUUGUUAAAAAAGGAAUUGGAGAGAAAAUGGAUAAGUCAGUGUCUUUCUUGAAACAUUGGUGCAGUCAUCUCUUUCCUAUUUUCUCACUUUGAGAUAUAAUAGUAGGCAUAGCAGAGUCUUUCACAUAUCGUGUGAUGUUUUGUUUUCCUCUCUGGAAGACUCUGACAGCAGAUUGCUGAGUAGUAAUAUAACUAACUGCUUCAUCCAGAUGGGACAAGGAGUGUUUUCAGUGUUUGAAUAUCUCUACAGACGAUCUCUCUCCAAACUCAUUUCAGGAAUGGGUGACAUUUAAAGUGAAGAUGCCAACAUUUGUCAUACUUUACAUUUUUCUUUUUUUGUUUUUUUGUUUUUUUUUUUCCUCCUCCUCCUCUGGUAUCAAUAUGAAAUGUGGCACUCAAGAGUUCCAACAUCCCGAUGCCAUUCUUUAUGUGCUCAGAGUAUUCAGAUUCAUAGUAACAAAUAGUAACAACGAAGGCGACGAUGACGAUAAUAAGAAUACUAAACGGUAGUGUAAAUAUUUUGUAUUGAAAGUGCCAGCUCCUAUGAAGACACUGACUCAACACAUGUGGAAUUGUCAACUGUAUGCAUGGCUAGUAAACAAAAAAGGACUCUUAUUGUUUGAGAUUAAUAUAGGCUGUGGAAAUGUGCAAAUCAAACACAUACACGUCUGGAUCUGGACACUGUCUCAGCUGUACAUCUAUGUUGCCACGGGAACCAGACUUUCCCUGUGUAACCAUUUUCAUUGUUGAUUUUCUAUUUUUUUAUGUGACCAUUUACUCUUUAUCCCUCUCUGAAUGGUGACACUGUUACAUUUGACACCUAAACAAUAAAAGUGCGUUCAACACUCGA